CUUCAUUUGUUUUGGAACAUUUCAUUUGUACACAUUUUGGGAGCUUAAUCGCUUAAAAUACUGUUUAAUAAUAAAUUCACAACACUGUUACAGUUACGCCUUGGCAGGACGGCCUGCCUCAUACCAAUAUUCACUUAACCACUCCAAAUGUAGAAUAACGUAAUCUUGGUCCACCCAGACUACUAGAAUGGCUAGUGAGAUGCUAGUGUUCUGUCCUAGCUUUGUGAUAUUAAUUUGUAUGCAUUCCAGUUUUAGUAAUCUUAGAAUCAGACGAUAUUGCCUCCAGAUCUUUUUUAUUCAAACUACUAGUUCGGUGUGCAGUAAGUCUUUAUGCUCUAAUACUCGGAAGUCUUGGAGUGUGGGAGGCGGGCUUUAGCUAGAGCCACCGCCUCCUUGAUACGUGGCUUCAAUCAGGUCGUCUUUGCGCACAUAGAUACGCGCUGUUACGCAACUGGAGAUCAUUAUUUCUCGUACAGAAAUUAUAUCGUCUUGUGUGCAGAAAAUGAGUGGUCGAGGAAAAGGCGGGAAAGGUCUUGGGAAAGGAGGCGCCAAGCGUCAUCGCAAAGUUCUUCGUGAUAAUAUCCAAGGUAUCACUAAGCCAGCUAUCCGUCGUUUGGCUCGCCGUGGAGGAGUCAAGCGUAUUUCUGGUCUCAUCUACGAAGAGACCCGAGGAGUGCUAAAGGUGUUUUUGGAGAAUGUUAUUCGCGAUGCAGUCACCUACACCGAGCACGCCAAGAGAAAGACCGUCACCGCUAUGGAUGUGGUUUAUGCUCUAAAGCGUCAGGGUCGCACUCUGUACGGCUUUGGUGGGUAAACCUAUAUUUCAGAAAUGCGUUUUGCAUCUACCCAAAGGCUCUUUUAAGAGCCGCCCAUAUUAUCUAUUGAAAGCAGCAUUUCCUCGUUAUUGUCAAGCUUAUCCGUUUAUUAACCUAUAUUGACCUUGUAAUGGCAGUGCACACCCUAGGUGGGCACAACUCUCCCACGGGAAGAUGCAGCCCCCCACCCCCACCAGGGACAGUUCCAUGGGAUCUCAUGCCAGCCCCCCACAGAACUGCACACCCAAGGAGGCAAAGUCAACUCUGGCCUCUCACUCCAGUCAGACAAAGGACAUGGCCCCAACCUUCUGUGGACUCCCCUGCUUUCCCGAUGAGAAU